AAACUCUCUAUAGUGAGAGUUAUAUGAUUUUUUUAGGACGGUAAUUAAUUUACUUAGAAACUUAUUAAGGAACCUAAAGUAAGUUUUGAAAAGUUCAGCAGUUUUGAUAUCUUUUCUCUAUUUUAAUCGAGCGGUAGAUUCGGAAUCUUAUCUCUCUGCUGAUACUGUGAGAAUCUCCACUCUCCCAACAACUCAAAUGGCUUCUUCAAAUCAUCAUAUCCAUGACCAUCAUCAUCAUCAUCAUGACCAUAGCCAUGAGGAUACAAAGACAACAUCAUGGGUAGGAGAAGAUGGGAAGGUAUACCAUAGCCAUGAUGGGCUUGCUCCUCACUCUCAUGAACCUAUAUACUCACCUGGCUACUUUAGCAGAAGGGCACCUCCACUUACUGACAGGAACUUCAAUGAAAGAGCCUUUACUAUUGGAAUUGGUGGCCCUGUUGGUACUGGGAAAACAGCUCUUAUGCUCGCAUUAUGUAAGCUCUUAAGGGAAAAAUACAGUCUUGCAGCAGUAACAAAUGAUAUAUUCACAAAAGAAGAUGGAGAGUUCUUAAUAAAACAUGGAGCACUCCCGGAGGAAAGAAUUCGAGCUGUGGAAACAGGAGGAUGCCCACAUGCUGCUAUUAGAGAAGAUAUAAGUAUUAACCUUGGACCUCUUGAGGAGCUUUCUAAUCUGUACAAAGCAGAUAUACUACUCUGUGAAUCUGGUGGAGACAACCUAGCUGCCAACUUCAGUAGGGAGCUUGCUGACUACAUAAUCUACAUAAUAGAUGUUUCAGCUGGUGAUAAAAUUCCUCGAAAAGGAGGUCCCGGAAUUACCCAAGCAGACCUCCUUGUGAUAAAUAAAACUGAUUUGGCACCAGCUGUGGGAGCAGAUCUGUCAGUCAUGGAGCGUGAUGCACUUCGGAUGCGGGACGGUGGUCCUUUUGUUUUCGCUCAGGUGAAGCAUAGGGUUGGCGUAGAGGACAUAGUAAACCACAUCUUACAAGCUUGGGAAGUUGCAACGGGCAAUAAGAAGCGCUGAAAUGUUCAGCGGAAACUUUACUUGAACAUUGUGGAUCUUUUAGCUUCUCCGAUGCUAUCUGACAUUCAAUUUUCUUGUGUCUGGACUAAAAUAAUCUAUCUUCUGAAUAAUGUGCAUUUACAUGGCUUUUGUACAAGCACUGCAUAAUUUACAAAUAUCUAUAUUAUUUGGUUCGUUUGGUCA